CAAUCCCCGCACGCGCUGGCUGCUGGUGCUGGCUGCCUCCUGCUCCUCCCUCCUCGUGAGCCGUGGCCCGCUCCUCUCCCCGGCGGCGACUCUCCGAACAAGGCUGACAUCACAGCACCGGACGCAAAUAUCUGUGUGAGAUUUCAAGGGUCCUAGCGCGCGGCAUGCUUCGUGAACCACGCAAGAAUCCGGACGUUUAACGGCGAGAUCCCAUUGCUGACGUUCUGCCCCGAAGCAGUAACCACUGAAAUUAAUCAGCCACCAUAAAUGCUUAAAGGUUUCGGCAGGCAGCUUCCAGGAAGCUGCAGUAGAUGAAGCUUGCACGUUGCCGAUUUGGUUUCAGUUUCUAAGCCGUGAAUGAAAAGCGUUAUUAUAUAUAUGGUCAAAUUAAUCCAGCAGCAUUUGUCCUGCUCCUCCUCCUCCACCCUUGCCUGAGCUGUCUAAUGCUACCUGUGUUGGGUGCUGAAUUGUCCGGUUCCACCGCAUCUUAACUGUUCAAAAAUGGCAGGUCUUUGGAGACUGGCUUGAGGGCGCCCAGGAAAGACUGGCCUGGAGGAUGUACAAGGCAAGGAGGCAAGCCUCACUCAAGGUGCGGCGACGAGUCGGCAAGUAUGAGCUCGGGCGCACCAUCGGGGAAGGGACGUUCGCCAAGGUCCGGUUCGCCAAGGACACCGAGUCUGGGGAUCCUGUUGCCAUCAAGAUCCUUGACAAGGCCAAGGUUCAGAAGCACGGGUUGGUCGAGCAGAUUAGACGAGAAAUCUGUACGAUGAAGCUGAUACAGCACCCAAAUGUUGUCCGCCUGCAUGAGGUGAUGGGAAGCAAGGCAAGAAUUUUCAUUGUUCUGGAAUAUGUCACGGGUGGAGAGCUCCAUGAUAUCAUCGCCGCCCGUGGGAGCUUGAAGGAGGAUGAAGCACGCAGAUACUUUCAGCAAUUGAUCAACGCUGUUGAUUAUUGCCAUAGCAGGGGCGUAUACCACCGAGAUCUGAAGCUAGAGAAUUUGUUGCUUGAUACCGCUGGGAACCUCAAAGUCUCAGACUUUGGCUUAAGUGCGAUAUCUGAGCAGGCGAAGGCUGAUGGGUUACUACAUACUACCUGUGGGACACCGAACUAUGUUGCUCCCGAGGUUAUCGAAGAUAAGGGCUAUAAUGGUGCGCUUGCAGACCUUUGGUCUUGUGGGGUAAUUCUUUUUGUGAUGCUUGCUGGAUAUCUGCCUUUUGAGGAUGACAACGUCUCAGCCCUUUAUAAAAAGAUCUCUGGAGCUCAAUUUACUUGUCCCUCUUGGUUUUCUGAUGGAGCUAAAAGACUGAUUCCUAGGAUUUUGGAUCCUAAUCCUUCUACUCGGAUAACUAUCCCUCAACUAUUAAAAGAUCCAUGGUUCAAAAAAGGGUACAAGCCACCUGUUUUUGAUGAGAAAUAUCAAACUAGUUUGGCUGAUGUUGAUGCUGCUUUCGGAGACUCGGAAGAAAAACAAGUUAAGGAGGAAAUCGAAGGGCAGCCAGCUUCUAUGAACGCAUUUGAGUUGAUAUCAUUGAAUAAGGGACUGAAGCUAGAUAAUUUUUUUGAAGCUGAUAAGAAGUACAGAAGAGAAACAAGAUUUACAUCGCAAUGUCCUCCUGAAGAAAUCAUCAGUAGGAUAGAAGAAGCUGCUAAGCCACUUGGCUUUGACAUCCAAAAGAAGAACUACAAGAUGCGAAUGAAGAACCUAGAAGCAGGAAGAAAAGGAAACCUAAAUGUUGCAACUGAGGUCUUCCAAGUGGCUCCAUCUUUGUUUGUUGUUGAGCUGAAAAAGGCAAAAGGAGAUACUCUGGAAUUUCAGAAGUUCUAUAAAACACUCUCUGCGCAGAUAAAGGAUGUUGUUUGGGUUUGCGAGAGUGAGGCUGAAGAAAGAGGGUCCACAUGAGGCAGCUGCAGAGUGUCUUUCUCAGGAAGUAGUAUUUUAGGUUCUCAUGUAUAUAGUGUUCCUUUGUUCCUUGUAGAUUCGUCCGGUACUCGAUGUAUAUAGAGCUUUAGGCUGGUUCAUGACUUCAUGGUCUAGAAGCAGAUGAAAUAUAUACCAGUAGGUUCAAGUGCC